GUUCAAGCCAUUAAAACCAUGGAAGCCACGCAAGAUGGAAGGAAAACGUGGGAAGAUAGUCGAGGUGAUCGAGGAAAUCUCGCUGCUGGACCUCCCGCUGGACGGCGUCGUUCCGGGUGAGGGAUGGUGGCGACGGUCCCUGAAGGACUACGCACAGCGCUUUCGCGUCAAGGUCAAGGUACACCUGGAAGGUCUUGAGCCCUUGGUGAUCUCCCAAAGUCCACAGCUUGCGUGGGAGAAGAGUGAUCCCAUGAUGACAGGUGGCACGGUUUGGGAUGCCGCGUUGCUGUUGAGCGCCUACCUGUCGCGCUGGCGACGGCUACAGCGGUGCUGCGUGCUGGAACUGGGCAGCGGCACUGGGCUGGUGGGGCUGGUGGCAAGUCGCCUGGGUGCCGAGGUGACCUUUACUGACCUACCUGGCAUGCUGCCGUUGCUUGAGGCCAACGUCCGGCAGAACCUGCCACCGUCGGCGCUGCACCAGAUUCGGCCUCUGGCGUGGCAAGAUGCUGAGAGCUGGAUCCAUGGACAGCGAUACGAUCUGGUGCUGAUGUCUGAUGUACUGUACCACGAGGGGCAGUAUGACUCACUUCUGACAGCCCUGCGCGUCCUUGCAACGUCCAAGGGAUCGCGAAGAUUGCGAGUCCUGUGGGCGCAAGAGCUUCACCAUCCAGAGCUGUGCCAAAGAUUACAACAUCAGUUGUGCACCGAGGGAUGGAAAGUGAAGCUUCUCACCUCCAUCGACGACGGCUUUGGCCAAGCCCUGUGCAUUUUUCGCCUGCGGCCGGCGCAACACGCGCAAGGCGGCAGCCGCGCCCGGCGGGCGCCAGGGGUGCGGAGGCUGGCCCGUGGACGCAGGCGGGUGCUGUGGCGACUUUGGCGCAGGUGGAAAAUGGCGGCGGCAUGGUGGCCCCAGGCGCCUGAGACGGCUGCGCGGAUUUUGGAGCUGUUGAAAGGCGAUGGAAACCCCUCAACUGAGCGGAGCAAGGAAACCACCCUGGAAUACCGUGGCCAGUGGCAGCCCACGCCCAACGGCGCUCAGACAGGUCAUGGAGUGGUGCCACAGGACUGGGCCAUUGAGGUGGCCUCCGAAAAUGAUCGCAGCCUGGUCUCCUUUGGUUGGGCGGGCGGCGCCCAGCUCUGCCUGAGCAACGCCUUUGGGGAAGCCAACAAAUUGGAGGCGCAGGCGCAGGAUCUGAUCGACCACGGCUGCAGCAAAGACGACGCUGCGGUGCAAUGUAUCCGCGCCAUUGCCACAGCUUCCGAAGAACGAGAAGCCUUGAUGCGGAGGCAAUGGUGUGACAUCGAUUUUCAACAAGGAGAGGAGGCCAACCAGGAGCUUCUGAAGCAUUUGGAGAGGGACUUUGCCACUCAAUUGGUGCAGACCAGUCGGCGUCUUCAAAAGGAGACCAGCACAUGGUACUACAUCAAACGAUGGGAUCCUGAACCUGGACAUGUCUACUUGAGUGCUGCUUUGGGUGGUGAUGGCUUGGCUCUGAGCGGCCACGAUGACGAAUCUGGGCGACAUCGUUGGCAGCUGCUUCCCGAAGGGCGUGAGGAUGCUACAGAAGAGUGCCACAGGAAUGCCAGUUGGCAUCUUGUCCGAUUGUUGGGUGGGACCCCUCAGGGCCGACGACUGCUGAGUCGCAACUUGGGAGGUUUAGAGCUUUUUGAGUUCGAUGAUGGGACAGGGCGACAACGUUGGCAGGUGGAGGGUGGGCCCAGAGGCCACCGCCUGCGCGCAGCGCGCGGCGACCCUGGACUUGGUGCAGCCAAGGAGGUGGAGGCCACCUUCUCCGGUCGCUUUGUGGGUGCGUCCGAGGGGCACGUCACCUUGAAGGAGGAUGAGGAGUGUUGGGAUAUCACAGGACCUACUGGCAGCUUUUGUGCGAAUUUCCAGGUGGGAGGAAGCCAGGCCUCCAAGAUCUCCUUGAUCUCCAAGGCGCCCGGGCGCGAUGUGCUGUCCUACUUGGAACCCUCAAUGAUGGCCUGGAAAGAGCUGAAGGAGGAGCAAGUAACCCAAGUCUUGGGGCAGAACCGCAACCUGGGCACGGCCAUUGACCUCAUUGGGGUCUAUCUGAAGAACUACGAAAUCGACAAGGCCGACCGCUUGUGCGCUCAAAUCGCUCCGCUGUGCUUGGAACGUGGUGGCGUUUGGUACUUCAAGCUGCUUAACUUCUACACCACUGUGAGGAUGAAGCAGUCGAGGUAUCAGGAAGCUUUGGAGAUGUACAAGGAGUACGAGACUCUGAUCAACUUUUCCCCAGAGGAGGCAUGGGAGCUCUACGAUACGGUCUACCGGAACUUUGGAUGGAUCUACACCAGCUUACGCGACUUCCCGAAGGCCUUGGAGUACUUUGAGAAGUGCGUGAGCGUGAAGAGGGCACAUGGAGUGCCGGCGCAUUGGUUUGACCAAUGGGACCUGGGAAAGACCCAUGCGCGACUUUCCCUGCAGCUGGGUCGCUUCGAGGACCUCGCCUUGGCGGCGCAGCUCAUCGGCGAAGCGCUGGAGAUGCACCGUACAGCGGAGCCAACCGAUACCAUCAUGCGAUGCAAGAUGCUCAACUCCGCUGGUGAGUGCUACAUGGUGCGGGGCGACUUCUGUCAAGAUGCGCAGGCCCGAAACCAUUGCUAUGACAAAGCCAUCAAGUUGCAAGAAGAGUCCUAUCAACUCUACAUGCAGGUAUUGGGUCCCAAGAAGCCCUUGACGGGUUGGGCCAUGGAAGAUUUGGCCGGCGCCUACCAGAGGCGCGGACGGUUGGAGAAUCUUCAGAAGCGAGGCAUUCACACCUCUGAGGCAGUGAGCUAUGCGGCCCUGCUGCAGAAGAUUGCGAAGAUCUUGCUUGCUCAUGAUGAGCUGAACCGCGAUGGUGCGGUGGACCUAUUGGAAGAAGGCCUGCGCUACCUCUCUGGAUCGGCUGAGAGGUCCAGGUCUGGUCAACCAGACACAGCAGCUGACGAUGAGGAGGAGCGGCAUUUUUACAUUCCCAAGGCUGGGCAACAAGAGCUAGAUGUGGAUGCUGCGGCGCUGCAUCGAGACAUUGAGGUUCAGCUGGAACAGCUACGGCAUUCUGCAGCUGCCGAGGCUUCGCGGAUGAUCUUCGAAGUGGUCGAUGAUGAGGUGACUGAAAGCUGUGCAUCGCCGCAGAAUUUCACCUCGGUGGAUUAGUUGCGGU